AUGGUUUGUUUAAGAAAACCUGAUCGAUUACUGAGCCGCAGCCUGUCUGCCAGCGCAUUAAAACCAGCAUUAACUUCGAUAACCUUCAGUUCACGGAUCAUUGGUUCAUCUGUGCCGCGCCACAAAGAAUACAAAUCAGGCUCACACCGCAUCGUUGUACACAUGCCUGUAUGCAAUGCACAUACACCGGUUUUAAUGAUCAGCAUUCUUUUCACCUUCCUGUUUGCAGCUGUUAAUCUCGAACAAGCUCUUCAUACCUGCCUUUAUUUUGAAAUACGAACUUUUCAUGUCUUUCCUCUCCUUUUUGAGGGCAUCAAUGCUCUGCAGCAACUCGCUUAUAAUUUUUUCUGCCGUUAUAUUCCGCUCGUUUACCAGAUCACUUUUUUCCUGCACAUAUUCCUGUAUGCUUUUGUAAAUGCCCUUUAA